CCUUCCCUAGUAAAAUGAAGUGUUGUGAUUUGUGAAUGGAUUUCUUGUUUCUUCUUCCGUUUUAUUUCUAUCCAGUCUUACAGAAAUUUAGUGGCUUAAAAUCCAUAUAAUUUGACAGAUUGUAGAAUAUUGUAAAGGUACAAGACACGAAUAAAUUACAAUAAGUAUUCCAUAUUAGAAUUAGACAAUAAUAAUUGGAAAGACAUUCAUUUUGGACGUUAUUUUGGGAGUGGAACGGAACAUAAUUGACUGAGACAAUGGUGAGAGUAUACGCAUUAGCAGUUCUCUAUAAGGGAGUGAAUAGUGCUACAGUAUUAAAGGCAGCAUACGAUUUACAAAGCUUCAGCUUCUUUCAGAGAUCAUCUGUUCAAGAAUUUAUGACUUUUAUAAGUAAAACUGUGGUAGAAAGAACACAGCCAGCAUCUAGGCAAUCUGUCAAAGAGGGAGAAUAUAUGCUUCAAGUUUAUGUAAGAGCUGACAACUUGGCAGGAGUAUUAAUAUCAGAUCAAGAAUAUCCAAACAGAGUGGCACACACACUAAUAACAAAGUUUCUGGAUGAAUUUGCAGCUAAAGUGCCUCCUAAUAAUUGGCCUACAGCAAAUGAAACUACAAUAGAUUUUCCUGUUUUGCCCCAAUAUUUGGCCAAAUACCAAAAUCCGAAAGAAGCAGAUGCCUUAACGAAGAUACAGAAUGAUUUGGAUGAAACUAAAAUUAUUCUCCAUGAUACUAUUAAAGCAGUAUUAGAAAGAGGUGAAAAGCUUGAUGACUUGGUUGAAAAAUCUGACAGUCUUACAAUGCACAGUAAAGCAUUUUAUAAGACAGCACGAAAAACUAAUAGCUGUUGUAACUUCUGAGUUAUAAUCCAGGCCAAGUAUAAAAUUAUAGUAGAUAUUUUUCAUGUAUGGAAAUAUGAAUAUUAUUGUUACAUGUUAUCUCAUGUGUGAUAAGCUUUUGCUGUAUAGUGUAAUAAUGUUAUAAAAUGUCUUAAAAUUAUUUAGCCUAAUUUUAGUUUUUAAGGGUUCUAUAUUUGAAAUGUUCAAGACAAUUAAUAGAGGUAAAUUAUUUGUCACAGGUCUUAAUUGGGAAAA